AUGGCUGGUGUAUGUAUAUCCUUUCUGCUCCUCAUUUCACCUGUGACCUUCAUCCGCAAGAACACCGUUCUCCUGACCACUGCCUUUGCCGGUGCCUUCGCCUUCGAGCUUGCAUUCGAUAUCGGCUCCAACAAGAUCUGGGACACCUGGAACCAGGGCGUAUGUGACCUCCUUUCCCCAUUCCGCUAUCUCGCUGGACCCCGGGACCUUUGCAAUACCAAUAGAACCCACACUAACUCCCAUGUCUUCACACAGCGCCAAUGGAAGGAUAUCAAGCACCGUUACAUGGUAAAGGAGGAAGAGGAUGACGAGUAA